UAAAUAUGAUAGCACUGCUUGCCGUUUUAUAACCUUUUUAGUUUGUUGAACGUGUAAAAUCUCUGACUCCUUGCCGGAAUCCUCUGUUACUGACAGAACAUCUGAGAUGAGCUCCUCUGUCGGGAUAUCGUUUCCUCUGACCAUUAAACUACCAGAAACCCCAUCAUCUACAGGAACCUCAUCACAGAUUAAGCUAAAGCCUCAAGAAAUCUCAAUCUCAUCAUCUUACCCAGUCACAUCACUGACAGAGCUUUUACGAGAUGCUGCAGAUAAAAACUCUCUUCAAAAAACGAAAUCGAUUCACGGGAUCGUCACCAAAUCUCACUUUACGUCGAAGUCCUUGACGUUACUGUUGAAUCAAAUGGUCAUCGCGUAUUCAAAAACCUCAGACUUCGGCUCUGCACGCCAGGUGUUCGACGAAAUUCCCCACAAGAGUGUUUUCUCGUGGACCGUGUUAAUAGUCGGAGCUACAGAGAACGGGUUUCACCGCGACGGGUUUGGCUACUUCGUCGAGAUGCUCUGCUGUGGUGUUUCCCCCGAUGAAUACGCUCUUUCCGCUGCAGCGCAGGCGUGUACUUGUUGCCUGGACGGCGUUACUCUCUGUGAAAUGGUUCACGCUCAGGUUGUGAUCCGCGGGUUCUCGUCUCUCACGUUUGUUAACACGUCUUUGCUUAGCGUGUACGCUAAGCUGGGGAGGGUUGGGGAUUCCCGUAAGGUGUUUAGCUCCAUGGAGAGUCGUAACGAGGUUUCAUGGAAUGCGAUGAUAUCAGGGUUUGUGUCGAACGGUUUUUACUCGGAAGCGUACGUUAGUUUCUCGAGGAUGCUGGAGGAAGGGAUUAGACCGAACGUGCCUUGUUUUAUAAGCGUAUCCAAAGCUAUUGGGAAGCUGGGAGAUGCUGAGAAAGGUAGAUACAUUACUCGUGUUGCGUUAGAGAUGGGUGUGCAGCCAAACAUCCACGUGGGAACAGCUUUGAUUGAUAUGUUUGCGAAAUGUGGAUGCUUAACCGAAGCGAGGUCGGUUUUCGAGUCGAGUUUCUCUGGAUGCGGAGGAGUGAAUUUACCGUGGAACGCUUUGUUAUCUGGUUAUACAAGUUCUAGGGAGGGAGAAGAAGCGGUGUUGCUGUUCCUUAGAAUGUGUCGGAACGAUGUCAAGCGAGAUGUAUACACGUAUUGCAGUGCGUUGAAUUCAAUUGCUGACAUGAAGUCUUUAGAAUAUGUAAAGCAGGUUCAUGGAAUGAUCGUGAAAGGUGGGGGAGAAACGACUGGUGUGAUGAGUCUUUUCAACGCCUUGAUGGAUGCAUACGCCAAAUGUGGUGAGCUUGGAGCGAUGAGGAAGCUUUUCGACGUUACUAGAGAGGAAGCGAACCAGAUCUCAUGGACAACGCUUGUGACAGCCUACUCUCAGUCUUCUGAAUGGGAGGAGGAAGCACUAAGCGUUUUCUCCCAGAUGAGAGAAACGGGGUUUCAACCGAACCAGAUUACGUUUUCAUCUGUGCUUGCAUCAUGUGCUAGCCUCUGUUUUCUUGAAUACGGGCAGCAAGUACACAGCUUGACGCUCAAAACUGGCUUUGCUACAGACAAAUGCGUCGAGAGUGCUCUCAUCGACAUGUAUGCGAAGUGCGGUAGCGUGAGAGACGCAAUCAAGGUCUUUGAAUCUCUGAAAGACCCUGAUGUCGUCUCGUGGACCGCCAUGAUAUCUGGAUACGCCCAACACGGCAUGGCUAAAGAUGCGCUAAGACUCUUUCGAAAGAUGGAGGAGCUAGUUUUUCCCAAACCAAACUCUGUUACGUUCCUAUGUCUUCUCUUUGCUUGCAGCCACGGAGGACUAGUGGACGAAGGCCUGAGGUGUUUUCACUUGAUGGAGGAUAAAUACGGGCUCGUCCCGGAGAUUGAACAUUAUGCUUGCGUGGUUGAUAUCCUGGGGCGUGUGGGACGUCUAUCCGAAGCAUGGGAGUUUAUAACGAAGAUGCCUAUAGAGCCUGAUGUGAAAGUCUGGUCGACGUUGCUUGGAGCGUGUAGGGUCCAUGGGGACAUUCAGUUGGCUAAGAUUGCGGCUCGAAAGGUUGUUUGUUAUAACCCGGAAGAUUCAGCUGCGCUUGUUCUCUUGUCAAACGCGUACAGAGAAGCUGGGAAUGUUGAAGCUGAGUUGAGUGUAAGGAAUGUGAUGAACUCUCAAGCCAUGAGAAAAGAACCUGGACUGAGCUGGAUUACCAUUGGAGGUCAAAUCCACAAGUUUUGCUCUGGGGAUCAACACCAUCCCCAGAAGGAUGAUAUAUACAGAGUUUUGAAUGAUUUGAUGGAGAAAAUAAAGAGUAAAAAGCAUUGAAUAAUAAUCUUGCUGCAUAUACUGCACACAAUGCUAUGAGAAACAACUUUAAGGACGUUACAUUCAA